UUCAGGAACUAUGAUAGCAGUUGAGCUCUUAAAGAAUCAUGUCCUUCUUCUAACAUGGAGCUGCAAACAACCUUUGAAGGGAGUCCAAAAUUUCCUAGAUCAGAUUUCUUCGGUCACUAAUGAUUUGAACCAACUCAUGCCUAAGAAGCCAAAGGACUUUAAGUGGUUGAUUGACGUCGGCGAAGCUGCGUGGGAGUAUUUUACCAGGGAAAGGCAGACGCCGACGCCGCCGCCGCAGACAACUCCGCCGCCGCAGCCAACUCUGCCGAAAACUUCGCCGCCUACGCCGCCGAUUCGUCUUUUCGAUGGAACAGGGAAAGAGCGCUUGAAGAUUCCACCGCACUUCCCAAGUACGUUUGUGUGA